GGGCAUCUUUUUCAUCAACAAACUUUUGUAACUACCCGAACGUGCUCAUAUCUCAUCAUGAGUAGAAGCAGAAGCCAUACUGGACCGAGUCAUUCUCCCGCAUGGGCUCCACCGGCUGCGGCUGAGCAGAUUUGGAACGAGUUUAGCAAAGAAGAGAGCACCGAUGAGGCAACUAUCCAGAAGUCUUUUAUACGUCAUGCUACAAAGACCCUGGCCCGCAGCUCUUAUAAUAUGGAUCAAUUUGCUGCAUAUCAAGCGACCGCUCACAGUGUGCGUGACCAUUUAAUUGACAGAUGGAAUGCGACACAGCAUUGCCAUAGUGUGAAAGAUCCGAAGCGCGUCUAUUACAUGUCGCUCGAGUUUCUGAUCGGACGAACACUUGAUAAUGCCUUGUUGAACUUGAAUUUGAAGGACCACUAUAAACGCGCAAUUGGUGGUAUUGGAUUCACAAUUGAGGAUCUUGUCGAUGAAGAGGUUGAUGCAGCAUUGGGCAAUGGGGGCUUGGGGCGAUUGGCCGCUUGUUUUAUGGACUCUUUGGCCACUCUGGAUUAUCCUGCAUGGGGAUACGGGAUCAGAUAUGAAUACGGAAUCUUUCAACAGAAGCUGGUGGAUGGGUACCAAACAGAGUACCCUGAUUACUGGCUCACGUUUGGAAACCCGUGGGAAAUUCAACGUCUGGAUGUCUCGUAUGAUGUUCGCUUCCGCGGGUACGUUGAAAAAUAUGUAGACGUUAGUGGACAAACACGGUAUCGAUGGGAGGGAGGCGAAAAGGUUGUCGCGGUCGCAAAUGAUUAUCCUAUUCCUGGGUUCCAAACCAAGAAUUGCAUCAACAUCCGCCUCUGGUCAAGUAAGCCGAAGAAGGAGUUUGACUUUGCAAGCUUCAACGAGGGCAACUAUGAUAAGAGUGUGGAGGAGCAGAAGGCAGCCGAAAACAUUACAAGUGUCUUGUAUCCGAACGAUAACCAUAUGGUCGGCAAAGUCCUGCGUCUCAAGCAGCAGUACUUCUUUGUUUCCGCAACGUUGCAAGAUAUCAUUCGGCGUUUCAAGAAGACAUCCCGACCUUGGUCAGAAUUCCCCCAGCAGGUGUCCAUUCAAUUGAACGAUACGCAUCCUACCCUCUCCAUUGUCGAGCUGCAGCGAAUUUUGAUUGACGAGGAGGGACUUACGUGGGACGAGGCAUGGGAUAUAGUGACGCACACAUAUUCGUACACCAACCACACAGUUUUGCCCGAAGCUCUGGAGAAAUGGGCAGUUCCCUUGAUCUCAGACUUACUUCCUCGUCACAUGAUGAUUAUUUUUGAGCUCAACCUCUACUUCCUACAACGUGUGGAAAAGUUGUUCCCGGGUGACAGAGACAGGCUGCGGCGCAUGUCUGUCAUUGAAGAAGGACACCCUCAGUAUGUGAGGAUGGCGCACCUUGCAGCGAUCGGAAGCCAUCACGUUAACGGUGUUGCUGAGCUUCAUUCUGAACUUGUGAAGACAACAAUAUUCGCUGACUUCGUUGAGUUCUUUGGUAAAGAGAAAUUUGUCAACGUGACCAAUGGUGUUACCCCGAGAAGGUGGCUGCACCAAGCAAACCCUGGGUUGAGUACCCUCAUUUCCGAGAAGUUGGGGGGAACUGCUUGGUUAAAGGAUUUGUCUCAAUUGGACAAAAUCAAAGCAUUUGCCGAUGACGUGGGCUUUCAGAACAGGUUCAUGGACAUCAAGUACAAGAACAAAAUCAGAUUGGCAGAGUAUGUCAAGGAUGUUACCGGUGUGACACUCUCACCUGAUGCGCUUUUCGACGUGCAAUGCAAGCGUUUGCACGAAUAUAAGCGUCAGCACAUGAAUAUCUUUGGCGUCAUUCAUCGGUAUGAGAAACUGAAGAGUAUGAGCAAGGCGGAAUUGGAAAAAGUCGUUCCGCGAGUCGUGAUCUUUGCGGGCAAGGCUGCGCCAGGUUACUACACUGCAAAGCUCAUUAUCAAGCUGAUCACCAGCGUGGCGAAUGUUGUGAAUGCGGACCCACAGACAUCUGAAUACCUCAAGCUUAUUUUUAUCCCCAACUACAAUGUCUCUGUUGCCGAGAUCUUAAUUCCGGCAAGUGAUCUUUCCCAGCAUAUCUCAACAGCUGGAACUGAAGCUUCGGGCACAUCUAACAUGAAAUUUGUACUAAACGGAGGAUUGAUCCUGGGAACGGUUGAUGGAGCCAACAUUGAGAUCGGCGAAGAAGUUGGCAAGGACAACAUUUUUUUCUUUGGCGCUCUGACAGCUGAGGUGGAGGACAUCCGGCAUCACCAAAUGUAUCACAACGUCGCAAUGGAUGCCAAGCUUCAAGGUGUCAUCAAAAGCAUUCAAUCGGGUCGCUACGGGGACUCGGUCAUAUUUGAGCCUCUUCUCGGCACCCUUCGCUCCGAUUACUAUUUGUUAAGCAAGGACUUUACACCAUACUUGGAGGCGAUGGAACGCGUCGAUGCAGCUUUUAAGAACAAGUCUGCAUGGGCCAAGAAGUGCAUCACAGCUGCUGCAAGCAUGGGGAAAUUCAGUUCUGAUAGAUCCAUUCAAGAUUAUGCCAAAAGGAUAUGGAAAAUAACUCCCGUUCCAACGACCGAGGAGUUUGCAUAGUGCCCCUAUUUAGAUGGACGUGAUGUAACUACUCGACAAUAUAAAUUUGUGACAAUUCCUCAGCACA